CACAGAAAGACACACAGAGACAACCUCUUUCUCUGUUUUUAUUUUUCAUCUUUUUAUUUUUUGGGUGGCCCAUUGUUGCGUUAUUUUAUUAUUUUUUGCUAGAGAAACAUAGGAGAGAGGGCACAGUAGACAUAGGAGUGUUGUCCCGCUCUACUCUUACUCUACAGAGAGGCAGAGAGAGAGAGAGAGAGAGAGAGAGAGAGUGGCAACGGGGGCAAUGGGCAAUGGGAGAGUGUGUCAGGUGUCUGCUUUUCUUUCCCGUCCACUCCCCACCACCACCACCACCACCACCACUCUCUUAACCCUCUCUUCUAACCCCCCCCCCCCCCCCCCCCCCCCCCCCCCCCCCCCCCCCCCCCCCCUCUCUCUCUCUCUGCAGUCUCUUCAAUUUCAGAGGAGGCAGCAGAGAACACCCCACUCUUUCCCCCGUGAAUUGUCCUGCAAUGAAUGGGAAGAAGCUCCUCCUGUAGACCUACUCCUCAAUCAUGGAACCGGGCUCGAUCUCCCUGACCGACUCUGGCUCCUCCUCCCCUCCCACCACCACCACCGCCUCCUCCUCCUCCCCCCUCCACCACGGCCUCAAGUUCGGCCGCAAAAUCUACUUCGAGGACCAUGCCCCCCAUCCCCCCAACCCUCCCCCUCCUCCUCCUCCUGCCAAGCCCGUCCCCGCCUCCGCCUCCGCCUCCGCCUCCUCCUCCUCCUCCGCUUCAUCAUCUUCCAAGAAAGGCAGGGGGGCCGCCACCGCCGGCGGUGGCGGAGGUGGGCCGAUGCAGGGAGGCCAGCCGCCCCGGUGCCAGGUCGAGGGAUGCAAGGUGGAUCUGAGCGACGCCAAGGCUUACUAUUCCAGGCACAAGGUCUGUGGGAUGCACUCCAAGUCCCCUAAAGUCAUCGUUGGUGGCAUAGAGCAGCGCUUCUGUCAGCAGUGCAGCAGGUUUCAUCAGCUUGCAGAGUUUGAUCAAGUGAAACGUAGUUGUCGAAGACGCUUAGCUGGUCACAAUGAGCGUCGCAGGAAGCCCCCACCUGGAUCCCUAUUGGCCUCUCGCUAUGGACGGCUCUCUACUUCAGUAUUUGAUAACAGCAGCAGAUCAGGAGGCUUUGUGAUGGACUUCACAGCAUACCCCAGGCAUCUUGCAAGGGAUGCAUGGUUACCCCCUCGAUCAUCUGAUCGUGGACCUACAAAUCAAACGAGUGGCCAUGGAAAGUUUCCACUUCAUCAUCCAUGGCAGAGCAGCUCUGGGAAUCCCCCACCACCCAAUCUCUUCCUCCAAGGUUCUGUUGGUGGUGGCAGUAGCAGCUUGCCUUCUCCUGGAAUCCCUCCUGGAGAAUGCUACACAGGAGUGGCUGCUGGCUCAACCUGUGCUCUCUCUCUUCUGUCAAAUCAACCAUGGAGCGCUUCUAGAAGCCAAGCCUCGGCUUUGAGCGUGAACGAGAUGUUUACUCAACAAGAAAACCCAACCACGGCAGCUCCUCAUGGUGCUUCCGUUAGUCAUCUUCCCAGUGCCUUGUGGGGCUUCAAAGCAGGUGAUGAUUCUAGUGGGAUCCCAUCUGAGCUGGGUCUGGGCCAAUUCUCACAGCCUCUGGACAGUCACUUCCCUGGUGAGCUCGAGCUGUCCCAGCAGAGCAGGAGGCAGUACAUGGAGCUUGACCAUUCCCGAGCUUUCGACUCAUCCCAGCAAAUGCACUGGUCGCUUUAGGUGCAUAUCCCCUCUUUUGUUCUGUAUGGGUUUCUCGGAGGAUCUUGGGGUGCCUGCUUUAGAAUUGGCACUAUUUUUGCAGGUGAUCUGUGUCCUCAUUUAUCUGGAGUUAAUUCUCCAUGACCUGGUGUCUGUAUUUUACUUUCUAGGACCGAAACUCAACUGAAUUUGAUAUUUGGCUCCGAUUCUGCCCGAGGACCAUAAUCUGGCUGCGGAGACCUUGCUUACUAAAUUGCAACUUCGCCGGGCCGAACAGUUAUUAGCUGUUGUCUUGGAUUGUGAACUUAUCAUGUUGACUCUGUUUCUCCUAUAAAUUAUAUAUUAUUGCUGGUUUGCAUGCCAGUGUAUGUCAC